AUGCCCGCGAAAUCGCGAUUCACCAGGCUCGACGCCUUUACCAAGACGGUGGAAGAUGCGCGCGUACGCACAACAUCCGGUGGCAUUGUUACACUAGUGAGCUUAGUCGUCAUCUUCUGGUUAACAUGGGGCGAGUGGGCCGACUACAGGAGGGUGAUAGUACGCCCAGAGCUGGUGGUCGACAAGGGGAGAGGCGAGCGCAUGGAAAUUAGCUUGAACGUAUCGUUCCCGCGAGUACCAUGUGAAUUGCUCACGCUCGAUGUCAUGGAUGUUUCCGGAGAGCUGCAGAUGGGAGUCACGCAUGGUAUCAACAAGGUGCGAUUGAGUCCAGAGCUUGAGGGCAGCCACGUUAUUGAGACCAAGGCCUUGGAUCUGCACCAAAACGAAGCGUCACAUCUCGCCCCCGACUACUGCGGCGACUGCUUCGGCGCACCGGCCCCGACCAACGCCCAAAAAGCCGGCUGCUGUAACACCUGCGACGAAGUCCGCGACGCCUACGCCUCGAUAUCAUGGUCCUUCGGUCGCGGGGAGGGUGUCGAGCAGUGCGAGCGUGAACACUACGCUGAACACCUAGACGCACAACGCCAGGAAGGAUGCCGCCUGGAAGGUAGUAUCAAGGUCAACAAGGUCAUUGGCAACUUCCACAUUGCGCCCGGAAAAUCCUUCUCCAAUGGCAACAUGCAUGUUCACGACUUGGAAAACUACUUCAAAGACGAGUAUCAACACACUUUCACGCACAAAAUCCAUCACCUCCGCUUCGGCCCCCAACUUAGCGACGCGGUCAUCGCGGAAAUGCAGCGCAAGCGCCUCGCAACCGGUCCCAGUGGCUGGACUUCCCAUCACAUCAACCCCCUGGACAACACCGACCAGCACACCGAUGAGAAGGCGUACAACUACAUGUACUUUGUCAAGGUGGUUUCAACGGCUUAUUUACCACUCGGCUGGGAGAAAGAAGCAGCACACCCCGCUAAGCAAGAUGAGCUCCUCGGCGCUACGAUUGACGCUGCAUACAAAGGCAGUAUUGAGACGCACCAGUACUCUGUGACGAGCCAUAAGAGGAGUCUGCAAGGAGGUACGGAUGAGCAAGAAGGGCACAAGGAGAGGAUUCACGCGAGGGGUGGUAUUCCGGGAAUCUUCUUCUCAUAUGACAUUUCCCCCAUGAAGGUCAUCAACCGCGAAGUACGCGACAAGUCCUUCUCGGGCUUCCUCGUCGGUCUUUGCGCCGUCGUUGGUGGCACGCUUACUGUUGCUGCGGCACUCGAUCGCGCGCUGUACGAGGGCGUCAAUAAGAUCAAGAAGAUACACUCGCAGUAG